AUGCCUGGCAUACUACAGACAAGCUCUUCGAACACUACCAGAUGGCAGGUCAAAGAACUGCAUCAAACUUUUGGCGCAGAGAUCGAAGACCUCAACCUAGCCACGAUCAGCGAUGAAGACUUUACUACCAUUCUUGACCUCAUGUCGAAAUACGGCUUCUUGGUCAUCCGCAACGCCGGUCUGGAAGACACCUCCCACGUUGACUUCUCCCGCCGUUUUGGCGAUCUCGACGACAUCCGUCCUUACUUGACUGGCGGACGCAAAGCUCGAUGCGCACACUACGAACUCUUCGACGCCGGUAAUGUUGACGACAAAGGCCAGAUUCUGGAUCCAGGCAGUCCACGAGCUCACUACGGCAAAGGUAAUGGUUUCUUCCACGUCGAUAGCUCGUUUAAUCCUCGAAGAGCAUCAUACUCGCUACUUCGAGCCCAGAAGUUGCCGCCGCCUGGUCAUGGUGGUAAUACUGAGUUUGCGGAUUCCAGGGCUGCUUUCGAUACCCUGCCAGACGCUAUGAAGCAGAAAUUGAUCGAUGGCAGAUAUGUUGGGUGCCAUUCGCUUCAUUCCAGUCGCAAGCGCGGAUCACCGGAUUUCUUCAAAGACCUGCAUCCGGAGGACUUCGCGAUGCAUCGCCACCACAUCGCCCAAAAGCACGAAACAAGCGGAAGAAUGAAUCUCUACAUCGGCGCACACCUCCACCACAUUGAAGGACUCUCUGAACUGGAAAGCUGGCAGCUCACCUGGAGCCUGACGGGCUGGGCCACCAGACCUGAGAACAUGGUUAGCGUGGAAUGGAAGAACGAAGGAGAUCUGAUUAUUUGGGACAAUACUGCUGUCUUGCAUCGUGCGGCUGGCGGAAGCUACGAAGGUAAGUAUGUCCGCGACUUGCGGCGGACGACGGUGCAUGAUGGGAGUAGUACUGCUUGGGGUUUGAACGAGAAAGUGAAUACAAGGCCGGGCUUCAACAGUAAUGAGAAUCCGGCGAACCAGAAGGUGAUGGAUGCGUUGAACAGUUGA